CCCCCUCUCUCUCUUAAAUUAAUAUUAUUAUUAAUAUAAUUAUUGUGCUUUAGCUUCCGUGUCUUUGGAUUUCAAUUUUUUCAUGAAACCUAGUCCGCCUCUAUUCUCCGUUUCCGGUAAUGGCUGAUGAUUUGCAUGUGAUGCUGAACCUCCUGGAAGAUAGAGUGGCCUAUGCAAGGCUGUUGUUUCCGGCCGAAGCCAGGAUAGUUAUGGAGGCAGAUGCUCAUUCCACCUCAACGUACACUGGCCUCUCAGAAUUGAAAGGAUUGAAUGAAAACUUAACAGAGGUUGAUUUGAACGAAACACCUUCCGUACAGAAGAAAAAACUCCAAGAACGAGUACAAGCCCUGAUGAAAACAGUGGAAAAGGGCCGGCGAUAUUUCCCCCAUUGCUCAGAAGUGCUUGAUAAAUUUUUGGACGAUGAUGAUAUGCCUGAUGUUUACUUCCUCGAAAAGGGAACUCCGGACGAGCAAAGGUUGAAGAAAAUGCGGUACAUGGAACUCAAAGAAGAUGUGCAGAAGGCAUUCUACAAGGACAUGGCUGAGAAGAACUGGUCAGGAUUGUCUACCACCUCCUCCUCCUCAUGCACCUCUUCUCCAAAGGAGGGUGUCAAUUACAGGGUCCGGAGACUAGCAAAGAUGUAAUGAACUACACUGUUAUUCUGGCUUUUCUGUGAAAUAGCAAAGAUGUAAUGAACUACACUGUUAUUCUGGCUUUUCUGUGAAACAGCAAAGAUGUAAUGAACUACACUGUUAUUCUGGCUUUUCUGUGAAACAGCAAAGAUGUAAUGAACUACACUGUUAUUUUAUAUCAUUUUAUA